AGGACGUCUUUCUCUUCAACCUCCACUUGCCGUUCAUUUUUCAAGUCACUCUUUCCUAAUGGUCCUUCUAGCUCCAAACCUUGCUCUCUUUCUGACAUUUUAUUUCCUCAAUCCUGUCAAUGCCUUCAAGGUUUCAGUCAAACAGGUCAGAGGGACGGCACCUCUGAUUUCUCGGUCCCUACCUCCCUCUCCGGUACUGGCUGCAUCAAAGCGCGGUGACAACAAUGACAUUGACUUGAGUACUGUCCAUGACUUACUCUACAUGGCAAAUGCAACGGUUGGUGGUCAAUCCUACAUCUUCCAGCUUGAUACAGGCUCGUCGGAUCUUUGGGCGAAGCACGAUCCAUUCCCACUUCCCAAUUCCAAACAAACGUCCCUCAAACACAAUGUAACAUAUGGUAUUGGAUGGGUGGCGGGUACCGUAUCCACUGCAGACGUUCAGUUUGCUGGCAUAAAUGUACCUAAUCAAGCUUACUUGGAUGUGGAGACGGCGCAAUAUCCAGGCCUCAGUUACGGUGCAGAUGGAUUGAUGGGCCUUGGUUUUACCUCCCUAUCUUCGAUUGACCUCGAAGUAAACAAGACUGGUGCAACGUACGGAAGAAGUUUCCUCUAUAACAUGUUCCGAGACAAUCCAGCCGAACCAAACUUCAUUGCAUUUUCCCUUCAAAGAACUACAUCGCAGGGAGAUGACGAUGUAGAAGGAACUUUUGCUAUAGGUGAAUACGAACCCAAAUACCAAGCGAUCGCUGCAUGUCCUAAGAUACCCACUUGGCCCGAACAUAAUCCAAGCCGGUGGAAUGUCCUUCUGGAUGCCGUUCUUUUCAAUGGGGGCAAGAUAAUCAUUCCAACCACUACCGUCCCCAACGUGCCCGGAAACAAAGCGGUUGUACUCUUAGACAGUGGAACCUCGUGGACUUACGCCCCUACCGAGAUCUGCCAAGCUAUCUAUGGAAACGUGCCAGGCGCAUUCCUCGACACGGCCCUUGGACAAUGGGUAGUGCCAUGUAACGCUGAGAUCGACAUGGCUCUGCAAAUCAAAGGACAAAUAUUUCCCGUCCAUCCGGUAGAUCUCAUUCCGAAGGAUACUUCCAACCCUUCGAGAUGUGUGGGCUCCUUCGUUCCCCAGUCUCUGUCGAUCGGUCCACAACAAUUUGAUUGGCUUAUAGGAGACAACUUUUUGCGUUCUGUUUACUCUGUUUAUGAUUUCGGAGACUUUGAUGCAAACAACCAAAUGGGCGAUCCUUAUGUUCAGUUACUCUCCCUGGUCAACCCCGAUCAAGCCUCGAAAGACUUUGCGAAAGCACGGGGUGGUACUGCCAAGACGGGUAUCACAUAUACGGCUUCCAACGAAACUAUGGCGGCGCCUUCUUCUACCUCGGUCAUUCUUUCCGCAGAUGUCGCUAAUGCCAUCGCCAAAAUUGGCCAGUUCUUCCCUGCGAUCCUUGGUUUAGUUGCCUUGAAUGCUGUGGUCUUGUUGGGCCUCAUCAUUCUCGCAAUUGUUUUACUGUGCAGGAAGAGGAAAAAGAACAUGCGUAAACCUGAUUCCAGGAUUCGCACUCCUCUCGGCAGGAUGAGCCCAAUGCCGCUCACUCGACCUAGCUCUUCAGCUGCUUACGACAACGAGCCUGCUCCGCAUACUUACGAGCCAGUCUCGAUGGCACUGACAGAGGAUACUUUUGUGCCACCAUCCCCCGGGUUCCGAAAAUACGAUGGUAGCAGACCUAAGAGCUACGCUGCCACUGUUCGUUCUCGGAAAGAUAGUACAUAUCUCGAUAACAGCCACUCAGAGGAUGCAAUAUUUGGGCCUCCAUCUCCUGUUUCUCGAGACUUGCAGAAAGGUACCAGCAGCCGACCUGCAAGUACCAUGGUACCCCUAGUUCCUUUCACUUCCUCGACAUCGUAUCAAACUUUAGAGGACGACACGCAAGAACGAGAUCAGCCCUUCACUCCUCCGCUCCCCGCAUUCCUCAGAACUCCACCCGGACCAAAGGGAGACAGGCCAAUGAGUGUGGGCAUCCUGCCUUCUCAGCAGUCCCCCCAUGUGCCCAAGGACGGUGCGUUUUCACGGUCUCAAGAGAAUUCAUACCAGGGGUCGCAGGAACAAUUCCCAUCCACUGAGGAGGAGGAUAUCGCGUUUAGUUCUCCUCGACCUGCUUUCUUUACAGAAGAAGGUGCCUCUUUGCGACCAGGGGCAGGGCCAUCUAGCGGUGGAAGACCUAGCAGCGUGGCAUAAGCAAUGUAGCAAUGUUAGGUGAUCUUUUGUAGUUUGAAGAUGGACGUUCUCUUCUUGCAUCUUAUUCUGCAAUGUAGUUACGAUAAGAUCACGGACUCGUUAUCUCUAAUUGUAGGUUUUUUUGUCAAAUUAAAGGCUCUUUGUCGUCG